AUGGCCAUUGAUCCAGUGAGUGACAAACUAUUCCAUUCUUUGCUUACAAAAGACGAUUUGUCAGGCUACGAAGACCCUACAGAGUUUGAGAAAUGGAUUCCCAAAAUUAAAGCAUAUAGACAAAGACUAGCAGAUGCUAUACCAAAGGAGCUUACUACAGAGCUACCAAAACCGGUAGAUACCUUAAUUGAGGAGCAAUUUGACUCCAUAUCUUAUUUGUAUAAUGAAAAGCUUCUUUCACCCAAAGAAUUUGAAAUCACCGAUUCCUCGGGAUCAAGUAUUGUAAACAAAAUUGCCCGUGGUGAAUGGACAUCAGUUGAAGUGUACAAGGCAUUUGCCAAACGUGCUAUUAUUGCACAUCAAUUUACCAAUUGUGCUAUGGAGUUUUUUAUUGACGAAGGAUUAAAGCGUGCGGAAGAGUUGGAUGCAUACUAUAAAGAAAAGGGCCAUACAGUGGGUCCAUUGCAUGGCUUGCCAAUUUCUUUAAAGGAACAUAUUGCAUUAAAGGGUAAAAUAGGCCAUGUUGGUUGUGUUUCAUUGUUGGAUAACAUAAUGGAGAAAGACUCUGUUACUGCAAAAGUCUUGUAUGACUUGGGCGCAGUAUUCUACAUUAGAACCAAUGAGCCACAGGCUUUGUUGCAUUUGGACUCGGGUAACAAUAUUACUGGUUUCACGAAAUGUCCAUAUAAUUUGCUUUUAUCGAGUGGAGGCUCCUCAUCUGGUGAAGGUGCCGUUGUUGCGUUUGGUGGUAGUGUUAUGGGAGUGGGGUCCGAUAUAGGAGGCUCGAUUCGGUCGCCUGCUGCAUUUUCUGGCUGCCAUGGGUUAAGACCGACAUCUAGAAGAAUUAGUGGUAGAGGCGUUGUUGGUGGCGAAGGUGGUCAAGAAAGUGUUGUUGGUGUUAUUGGACCGUUGAGUCGUACAAUUGAAGAUAUCGAGCUAUUCAUGAGGACGUAUAUCAACAAUGGUGAGCCAUGGAAUUUAGACCCUUGGAGCUUGCCAAUGAAGUGGAGAGAUGUUGAGCAACCAAAGAUUUCGAAUUUGAAAAUCGCUGUUGUAAGAGAUGAUGGCGUUGUGAGAGUUUCGCCACCAAUAAGACGUGGACUCGAUGAAGUUGUGAAUAAGUUGAAAGCUGCAGGUGCAACUAUUGUUGAAUUUACUCCGCCAAGAGGUAAACUAGCCUAUGAUACUGCAAUGACCUUGUACAAUGCUGAUGGAAACAAGGAGCUACGUGAAUUAUUUUCGGCUUCGGGUGAGCCCAUACCAAGAUUAACCAAAUGGUAUUUGAAUGCAGGAGAAGGUACGAGAAUGCAUACAACUUAUGAGAAUCGUCUACUAAAUGCCACAAGGGAUAGGUUUCGUGAGCAAUAUACUGAUUAUAUGGUUGAGAAUAAGAUUGAUUUCAUUUUGGGUCCUGCCUACAAUAAUGUUGCUCCGCACAGUGAAGAAGUUUAUAAUGAAUCAUAUACAAUCAUUUAUAAUCUUUUGGAUUUCCCCAGUUUGGUGUUUCAAACCGGAUUGAGACAAGAUCCAGAGGUUGAUACUUGGACCGAGGAGGAUAAGAAGUUUAAGUAUAGGAACGGUAUGGAAGAGUUGGAAGAUCGGAGUUAUGACCCCAAAAAGUUUAAAGGUGCGCCUAUAGCAUUACAGUUGAGUGGUAGAAGAUACUUUGAUGAAGAAGUGGUUGCUGCAGGAAAAGCCAUUGUAGAUCUUUUGGAGGCAGAUUUGUUGAAGCCAGAGACAUUGCUUAGGGGAAAGUAG